GACGCCAUCUUAGUUAACAGUUAACGAAGAGCUCCUAUUGAAAAGACUGUUGCGCGUUUCUCGUUUGUUCUCAAUGGAAUUAACAUCAAUUGACUCCGUAAGAAAUAUUUAAGUUUAAUUCUACUUUCGAGAAAAAAAAAAUAAAUAAAUAAAUAAAUAAAAUAAAAUAAAAAAAAAAAUAAAUAAAUAAACUGUGAAAAGCCUAAAGUGCUAUCGAGACGAGCAUAUAAACAAGCUUUUGUUUCCUAAUUGCAUAAUUAUGGAUCUUUACGGUGUCACAGACGCCAAAAGGGCCGCUUCUUUUUGAGACAGACAGUAGCAUUUUCGAAGUAACUUGGAGGGAGCUUGGAACUUGAGUGAUUUAAAACUUCAUGGAUUUAUGUUGACGUGAAAAAAAUCAUAUUAUAAGUAAUUCCAAGAUGCCGAAGUCACGUACAGUUUCACGAUCAAUUACAAGUAAUAGACCGCUUCAUAUGACUUUGAACUUGGAAUGUAUAGAAGAACCACUCAGUGAAUCUCAAUUAAAACAAAGAGAAAAAUUACAAGAAGACUGCAAUAAGGUUGCAACUACACUGGAACAAUUAGUUAUGGAUCAUGGUGGAAAAAUGAUAUGUCAGUCUGGAACUGUCAAUGGAUAUCAGUAUACACUUCCUCCUAAUACGUCCCAACCAAUUGUAAAGAAUACACAACCUUUGUUAAAUGUUAAUCAGAAUAAAAGCCAGCAAAUAAAACUUAAUAUGGUAAAUAAUACGAAUGGAACCCAAGGGAAUAUACAACUUGUUGUGGAUCCAAGAGUUGGAGUUAUUCUAGGAUCUGUUAAUCAACAACAAGGUAGCAAUUUAUAUAAGAAGCAUGAUUCAUUUAUAAUCAACCUAAAAAGUUUUGUUAUAGGCAAUACAACAACAACAACAGCUUCACCAACAUCUGUGUCAGCACAGUCUCAAUCAGAAAAUUAUAAAUAUACUAGAUCAGGACGUCGAACGAAAGUUCUACAAGUACAGCAACAACCUGAUAUCAUAGAGGAGCCUGCACCUCUUCCUGCUCGUGGUCGACCUAAAUCUAACACUACAACUCAUGUUGUUACUUCAAGUGUUACAAAUCUAAGAAUAAAAACCGUGAACAAAUCUCAAGGAAAUCAAACGACAUUAAGAUCUAAACCUACAGAACAGACUAGUAUAGGUGGCAUAUCAGUUGGAAUAAAAAAUACAGCUUGUGAGCAAAUCGAUGAAUCAAAAAAGAAUCUUCCCGAUGGUAGAGAAAUUACGUUUAAUAAAAUGAACGGAGGUAGAACUUUUCCUUCGUUAGUUGUUGUGGCAAGACCAAAUCUUCGUACAAAAGAAAUAAUACCACAAGUAGCGUUAAAGGAAAGAUCAGAGCUAGAUAUCAAAGUAAAAGGUGUACUUAUGUAUUCUCCUACAAAAUUCGCUGAAUGGUUAAUCCAACAAGGUCUAGUUAGAUCGGAACAAUAUUGCAUAUUGCAUAGCACAACUUAUCAAAGAGUAAAACUUAAACUAGGAAUGUACAGCGAUCAAGGUACAUUCCCAUAUUCCGGAGGAUACGUUUGGAUCUCUAAUUGUUGCCCAGAUCGCUUUAUCUCUAUCUUUUCUGGUUCAAUUUUCCAAGGAGCACCAUAUACUCCUACUGUACUUUUAAAACUUAUUUAUCAUUGGGCAUGUCAAACCAAUGUACAAAAUGUAGUUUCUUGGGUUAAAGUUUCAAAUAUAUACGUAAAAAACUUUUAUACGAAUUUACGUAGUGCGUGUACAGCUGCUAUAUGGGAUAAAAGUCGAAGAAUGGGUGGAAAAAAUUCUAUGAUACAAGUUGGUGUUAUCAGUUUAGGUACCACUUCGCAAGAUGGCAAUUUACGUCAGGUAAAAGUUGAAGUUCUUGGCGUUUUGGAUAUGGCAACGUUAGAUUUAAGAUUACGUGCUUGUGAUCCGGUACAAGAUGGAGAAAGGUCUUACAAGCGAAGAUUUAAUAAUAUCCUUCAUCCAUUGAAAGACUGGGUUCAUACGGAUUCUAAAAUUAUGACUGACUUUACGGUUGACAAAAGUACUCUGCAAGAGCUUGGUUUUGCUAAUGUAACGCAGUCAGCAUUUUGCGAUCAAAAUCCUAGAAAUUUCAUGAGCAAUUAUCACGUAAUGGAAUAUUUACGAAAAAUAGUUCCAAGAAUGUUUCAAAAUACAUUGAGUUUACUUAGUAGACAAAUGAUACAACAAUUUUUGGAUGAACUUGUUUGGAGAGAAAUGUAUGGUGCUACUGCGGCACGUGCAUUUGACAAUAUUAUCCUUCAUAUAUCUGAACAAACGAAAAUAGAUUCUAGUGAUUGCAUGUUAGAACGUCUUGCAAAAAUUGCAGCUAAUCCAUUUCAAGAUUGGUCUUAUUCAAAAACAAAUCCUCCUCCGUUAACCCCCAUGAUAAUGUCGAAAGAUCAGCCACAGACAAAUCCUGAAAUAAUAGUUCAAAAUAUCAAACAAUCAGAAUCUCAUUUAAUAAAACCUGGUCCAAAAAGAGGAAGGAAAAGAGUUCUAUCUACACGACCUAGUCCAGAGCCAGAAGUAAAGAAAAAUACUUCUGAUACGAAAAUUAUUAAGGAAAAAGAAAGAGAAAAUAAAACUGAACAAAUACAACUUCAAAAAUGUUAUUAUGCGACGAUGGAUGGUGAUAAAAGUUUAUUGUUAAAAGAGAAUAAAUCUUCGUUAUAUUUUAAGUGCUUCCUUUGCACUGCUGUAAUGCGGUCUAAUACUGAAAUAAUGGAACAUAUGAUCAGUCAUGUGCCACCCCAAGUCCCUGAUCAAUCAGAAUUUCCUGUAUGCCGUUAUUGUUGUACAGCUUUUUCUUCUACACAUCAAGUAGUUACACAUAUUUCAGAAGCUCAUAGUACAUUUGGUAAUUCUGACGGUGACAUGGUUGUUUGUGCCAUAUGUGAACAAAAAUUUGGAAAUAGCAAUUUAUUGAUUAAUCAUUUAACGGCGAUGCAUUGUCCUUCUGAAAUGCCGUAUCAAUGCGAUAACUGUGGUUAUCGAACAUCUAGUCACAAAGAUGUCAUAGAUCAUUAUUAUCAAGUUCAUGAGAAGGGUGAAGGUUUACAAUGUCCUUAUUGUUUAAAGAUUAUAGAAUUUAUUGUCGAAGGACAAACGAAUGCGUCUAGUAUACAUUCAUUCUUUCUCCAUAUGCAAAGACACAUUGUAAGGAGAGAACAAGGCCGUGGAAAUAAGUGUCCAAGAUGUUGUUUAUGGUUUAAUCAAAAAAGUUCAUUGAAAAUUCAUCAAAGAGAAUUACAUGACUCUGUUACCAAUUCAAAAGUUAUAUCAUAUUCUACAAAGGAAAACGAAAUAAUGAUACCGAAACAGCGACCUCUGAUAAGACGAUUUGACGUAGAAAGUCCAGUCGCUGAAUUACCAAAAGAUGAAUAUGUCAAAAAAUGGAGUACAGGACCAAUUUUAGUAAAUGCUUCUACAAGUCACUUACCGUGUCAAGAAUGCGAAGAAGACAUUGACGAACAGGAUCAUUAUCCCGGAGAGCAAAGAUGUCAACAGUGUCGUUACGUAACGUGUUGUUGGCGUGCAUUUAAAGAACAUUUACAACAAAUUCAUAACGAAAGGCCAAAGACCAGUUCAGUUGUUCCAUCACCGCUUAUAAAUAUACCAUUAGAAAAAAAAAUGCAAUGUCGGUGUGGUUAUACGACAAAUGACGGCAAUCAAUUGGCUGCACAUUUGAUUAAAUGUAAUAAAAUGACGGCUUACCCUAUUGAAGAAUCAGUACCAUCUGGUGGUAUGUUAGAUAGCUUAGGUCUCGUUCCUAAAAAUGCAUCUGAUACUCCAAGUAUUAAAUAAAUUGAAAUUUUAUUAUGGAAAGAAAGAAAACUCGUUGGAAAAGAAAGGAAAUGUGAGAGUGAAAAAAUAUAAUUGUGAUUGUAUAAAGUAUGAAAGAGAUACAAACGCGUGUUAAUCAUACUGAUUUACAGGACUUGUAGACAAUUAUUGUAAAUGAUUAAUUUUUGUUAACGAAAGUAUAUACAAAGGUAUGCUUCAAUUUUCAAAUAAACAAAACAAAUUUUUUCUUAAUCAUGCAUACAAUUCCAAAAUUUUAACGAAACUAUUGAAAUAUAUCAUAUAGGAAUAUCUCAACGAUAGCAUAUAAACAUAUUAUCGAUAUAUAAUAUGUAGAAAUAUAAAACCUGUCUAGAACAAUAGAGAUUAUUACAGUAGAAUGUUUUAAUAAGACAAAAAAAGAAAA